AUGGGGAAUCUCGGCCUUAUCCCGUUGCAAAAAAUGAUAGCGGCCAUCCGGCAACUAGCAUACGGUGUCAGUUCCGAUGCAGUUGACGAGUACGUGGGGAUAGGGGCGAGCACGGCGAUGCUGGCAUUGCGGAAAUUUGUGCAAGCUAUUGUCGAGGUGUUCGGAGAUGAAUAUCUACGUGCUCCCAAUGAAGCUGACACCGCGCGCCUCCUGGCAGAAGGCGAGCGGCGUGGGUUCCCCGGGAUGCUGGGGAGCAUUGAUUGCAUGCAUUGGGUAUGGAAGAACUAUCCCAAAGUAUGGCAUGGCACGUACACAGGCUAUACUCGCAAGCCUUCUAUAGUUUUGGAGGCGGUUGCGUCAUAUGACUUAUGGAUUUGGCAUGCUUUUUUUGGGAUGCCUGGGAGUCUUAACGAUAUAAAUAUUUUGCACCGCUCUAACUUAUUUACCAGGCUUACCGAUGGGACUGCCCCAACCGUGUCGUACAGUAUCAAUGGUAACAGGUACGACAUGAGAUACUACCUCGGCGACGGCAUAUACCCCGAAUGGGCGGCCAUAGUGAAGGCAAUUCCUACACCAAGAGGCAACAAGAGCAUCCAUUUCUCCGCCAUGCAAGCAGCUGUCCGCAAGGAUGUGGAACAUGCAUUUAGUGUCUUGCAAGCUAGGUUUGCUAUUGUGCGCGGACCAGCUAGAGUAUGGGAUCAGUCCACAUUGCACAAUAUCAUGACCGCCUGUGUCAUUAUGCACAACAUGAUAAUUGAGGACGAGCGCGGUAGCGCAUCCACGGUGCAGGUGUUCGACUAUAGGGGGGAACAAACUCAAGUCCAUCAAAGUGCUGAUGAAGGCAUGCUGCAUUAUGUCUAA